UGCAAAAAAUUUCUAUAUAAAUAAAUUUAAAAAUAUUAAGCUUUGAAAAAUGUAUACGAUGGAUAUAUCAGAACGUUUGCAAGCACUGGGCCACAAUACCAAUUGCUGCAGAAAGUGUCAAAACCAACAGCAGAACUCAGCACAGAAAUACGUUACAAAAGCCAGUAAAGACAGUAUGGAAUACGAAAGUCCCUUUGCAGUCUGCGAGGUGCACAAUAGUGCCAGCUGCGAUACAACGUUUACCUGCCAAUUGCGUGCCAAUAAGAACGGUACCGACAGAAAUACCAGCAGACAGCAAAAUUUAAGCCUACGUCGUUUAUAUGCCCUUGUGCUAUUCCUAACGCUCUUCGCUACUAGUUAUGGCUGUGGUCCGGGCCGAGGUAUUGGUGGACCACGUAGAAGUCGUAAGCUAACGCCAUUAGUAGUGAACGAGCAUAUGCCCAUGAAAUCAGAGAAAACACAUGGUGCUUCUGGGCUCAGUGAGGGUGUAAUAACACGACAUUCACCCAAAUUCAAGGACUUGGUUAUGAAUUAUAAUACCGAUAUUGUUUUCAAGGAUGAAGAAGGCACUGGAGCUGAUCGUCUUAUGUCGAGACUAUGCGCUGCUGAUGCCAUUGAAGCCAUAGAAGCUGGCGAAGUCUCUGUUGUUGUUGCUGUUGCUAGCACUGAUACUGAUACUGAUGCUGAUGAUGCUUUUGCUGGUUUUGAUGGUGGUGCUGGUGCUGGUGCUAGAAUAGCAGAUUGGCCAGUAAUUUAA